ACCUGGGAAGAAGUAAAACUCCACAGCCCAUUCUGUCCAACUGGCAACUGCUGCUACUCCAUAUUGCACACUAUGGUUCAGUAUAAACGAGUCCACAGUCAGAGUUCUCGGGUUUGUCAAUGCAACUGCCAUGAACUCGGAGAAAUGAAACAUGGACAAUAUCAUCACGUACCACCCAAAAACACUAAAGCCAUUUUCAAAAGAAGCAAGAUACAUGCCCGUCGCAAAGGUUGCACCUAAAAAUGCUGACCGUACUGAGACCUGAAACAAUGCUUCAUAACUAUUGAUGUUUUUAAACUACUUGUGUUCUAAAAAAUAAGGACAAAUUUUUCCAGUUGCAGUCACAUUCCAUCGAAAAGAAGUUCUAUACUAAUUAGAUCAAUUCUUACCUCAUAUGAGAAACCCUUGUAACAGUAUCUUAAAAUGAAGUUAAACAAGCAAAAAUAGAGUGCUGGACCCCAGUAAGUAAGAGCCCAUAGUUCUGACGUAUAUCCCAGAGUUGAGCCAGAAUAUAAUGAAAUAGAAAAAGUUAAUAACGAAAUCGCAAAGCAACCUAAAGCUUGCCUCCCUGCCGGGCACACGUUUUUUAGGGUCAAUAAAUCCAUACUGUAAAACCAAACCGCACAGAAGGUAUUGUAAUUUCAAUUAAUAGUACUAAAAAAUUGAAUAUACAUGUUAUUCAUAAAAAAUGUUUUAAAACAAAAUAAAUCUGCUAAAAGGAAACUCCAAAUUUUGUGAUGAUCCAAUCCACCAAAACAAUCUGCUGUCAUGUCACUGUCACAUUUGAUAAUGACAAUUUACUUUUUAAAAACUAGGCAUGGAGCAUGAAUGGAUAAUGGCAUUGUAACUUAAUACAACAAUGGAUCUGUGAAUUUUACAAUAUUUGUCCGGAAAACGAUGGAAAAAAACCGGACACGCCACGCUAUUCAUGAAAAAUAAAUUCAUUAUACAGAUUCUUCUCUUAAAUCAAGCAAGCCGAAACGAAAAGAAAACGAAGUACGCACAUGGAACUGAACACAGCUGUCACCAUGACAACACAAUUUGCUUGUCAAUAAAAUAAGUUAGUUUUCUUAUUCAAUAGCGUGAUGUCAUUUCAUUAAGAUAUUUGAUUGGUCCAUUUGGAGUGUAAUUUUUAUUGUUAUUGAUGUUAUUGGAUAAUAUAUGAUAAUGAAGAAAAUCCAAACAAAGCACAAAUAAAAAUAAAAAAACAAAACAAACCUAACUUUCAAAUUCUUUUUACGGUUUUGAAAUUGUUUGCUAAAAUAUCCAAUAAAAAUACACGCUAUAUUUAUUUUAGAAAUUAUGUGGUAUUAAGAUUGGAUUUAUCGUCAAAUCUCCCUUCGGUGCAGUGAUUCUUCAGCCCCUAAGGCGUGCAGUCGUGAUAGCUGGCCGUGGCUGAUGUGGUCAGCGACAUGAACGAUCCUUGGGACGUGAAGUCUGUGCGCCAGGCGGGGCAAUACGUCUCCUGUAUGAAGAUAAAUGGAGUGCCAUUACUGCCACCCGUUCUAUCUAAAGAAUGUCGGAAAGAGAUGCAAUAUUACAAACUGCUUGCAAAAGAAGUAGAGAAAAGGAUAAUACAUUUGAAACCCUACAUCGAUGAUAGUGAUACAGAUUCUAGUGAAGAUAAGACUGAUGCCCCAGACCUUCCCGAAUGUGAACAUAGCUUUGAACUGCCUCAAGAUGAGUCAGUUUACAAUGUUAACAAAAACAAAAUUGCUUUAAUUACAAAUGAAACCAUACAUCCAAAGACUGAAAGUCCCAAUCCUUAUAUGACUAAGGAUUAUUCCAAAAAUGCUGAUAUUUCAAAUUCCGAUACAACAUCUCCCUCAGUUAAUUCCCCGAAAAAAAUUGUAAUAGACUUAAGUUUGAGCCUUAAUGAAACCAAUAGAGAUAAAAGUUUAGUUGCUUCCUCACCCGCAGAUUUACCUGAAAGAGAUUACAAUUGUAUUAAACAAUCGACACAAAAGAACAAACCGAUGGUUUUGAACUCACCCAAAUCUAUCAAAUCUAGAAAUAAUACAACUGAUAUUGUUAAUUUUAAUUUAAGUGUUGACAAAGAUGUCUUGUCUGAUCCGUUUCCUGACUUGUCUAUUAAUCAUGAUGGCCCUUCAUCUCUCAGUUCUAAAAGUUUCACUGGGUCUCUAAUUGAUAUUCACACUGAAAGCAUGAGGGAAUCUCAAAUGGCACCUAAACUUAUUAGACAAAGAUCUUACACCUUGCUCAAGCCAAGCCCCCAUCUCCUGGCUCACUUAGAAGUGCAGUCAAUGAAUACAGGCAUAGAAAUGAGUUGCAUUUCCAUGAGUGACUCACUUUCUAAUCUUAGCUCGCCAGGCAAAAAACGAAGAAGUUGGGAUUUGGAAUCUGCCAAAAUGAAAUGGUCCACAAUGGCCUUAGAACUCAAACAAAAUAAUAUUGAAAAACGUCAAAAAACUAAUGAUGUAACAAAAAAUAAUGUUGUGAAACCUUCACCCAAAAAGUUACAGUCUUCUUCACCACCAAGAUCACGGUCAGUGUUACAAGAUAAGUCACGACGACCCACCAUGGUAACCAAGGUGUCACCUAAAUCUGAGCCUGUACAAAAACCUGCAAAGAAAUCCAUGAGUCCUGUAAGAAAUGGCGCAUUAAAUCGUCCAAUAACUAAAGAACUCACAUCCAAAACAGCUACUCCUAAGAAGGAGCCUUCUGUUCCAGGACCUCAAAAGAUUUCUGAGUCUGAUGAUCCAGCAACGCGUGUUAGGGAGCUGUAUGAGAAGAUACAGAAGCAACAGCUCGCACAAAUGGCUAGCUUGGUGGAGAAGCAGAAAAGAGAACAGAUUUUACUGCAACAGGUUUUCGAAGAGCAAAACAACUUAUUGUAUAAACAACUGAAAACUAUAUGCCCAAAAUCACCCAUUGAGGUAAAACAAGCUUGGGGAGACAAGACCAAAGAAUGUGCAGAAAGAGGGCCUGUAAGCUUGAGCCAACUUAUCAAUCACAAGCCCCAACAGCAAUGUCAAUAUGACAGCCCAGUAAGUCACACCUUGACUGAGACCAACAACUACAUAAACCACUGUGAUGAUAUCCUGAAAAGAAGCAAAGACAUCACUAGCAGCUUGAAGAAGCAGCCACUAUGUCAAGUACAAAACUUGCCUCGUAGUAGUUCUCCCAUACUGAAUUUGGAGGGGACGAAAACCAGGACCCACUCUCCUUCGAACAGGACGAUAUCUCGUCGUCUUAAUUACGAUACGAGUGCGUCGUCAGAACGCGAAUACGAUCAGAUACUGACUGAUAGAACGAACGACACAAUGGCCGAUUUGAACGUGACUUUCCCUACUGAUCAAAGUGAGGAUGGGCAGUCCUUCAACCUUAAUACCACUGUAAUAAACCAGUUGUACAGCAGGGACGUUAUGGCUGUACAACACAACGCCAUGCCGAACUCGCAACUGCAUUCCGAAGCCUCUGACAAGAGUGCAACAGUUCAGAGCACACCCACUCGCAUGCACAGGCCUCAAGCCAAUGCCACGUUUGUCUCGCAGCCGACACCUGAACAGCGUUCGGCCGCUCGUACGAUAGUGGCGUACGCGCGCGGGUACCUGGUGCGGCGCCUGCUGCGGACGGCGCGCGUGCAGGGCACGGUGCGCACGCUGCGGGACGCGCUGCUGUGCGCGCUGCAGCUGCACCGCGAGCGGACCGACAUACGCGGCGCCGACGUCGGGCUGCAUCGACGGCUCAUACAGCAGAUAACAGCGGCGUGUUACUCGCUACACGACACGUUUAUAACGAGCACAGCCGCGGAGCGCUGCGCCAUGAUCGCCGCCGACCGCGCCCGGCGCCGCUCGCUGGCACUGAGGCCCCCGCCCACGCGAAACUCCAGGCAGGAUAUAAUGUCACAAAGCCACAGCGGUGUGUUCCCCACGCGCUCGAAGCGGCCCUCCUCGGCGUCGCUCAUGACUCAAUCAAACUAUGAGACCUUUAGCGGUGAGAAAUGUCCGGCUCCAGGCAGCCGCCGCUAUAUGCCGAGCCCGCGGCGCCGGCCGUGGCGCUGACGGUCGCCGUCCCCGGCACCCGCGUGUUUCACACAGCUGCUACCAUGUUGGGCGCCACACUAAACGACCACGUUUGGGCGCCAGAUUGGACAAACCGACAAUACUAAAAUAUAUUUCUAUCUGCAUUGUGUAACCUAAAGCAUCUUAAAUAGAAUAGGAUAGCAAAAUUUCAAAUUUUGCCUGUUUUUUUCCAAAUCUAUAUGUUUUUUAUGAAUGUUAAGUCCGUUUUUCUAUUAGUUUCCUAUUUUUUUCGGGAUGACAGCCAACAAAUCUUGUGUUACAAACUUUAUCGACAAUGCAAUAAUUUUGGAGAUUGCUAUAGCUUAGCCAUGACAGUAAUAUAGUUUUGUAUGUUACUAUCUUGACAAAAUAUUAAGCUAAAAAUUGUUAUUGUAUGAGUUCACCCAUUUUGCAUAUUUUAUCUAUUGAUUUUAAUAACCGUAAUGACGAGAGUAGAAGCUCUAGAAUAAUUAACAAGUUUUAGAAGCUUUAUUUACUCUUAGAUAAUUUUAAAAUAAAUAAAUAAUGGUUGUAAAUCCUCUUCCGUUAUGCUUAAGCGAGAAAACGGCAUUUGUAUAGUUUUAAAUAAAAUUUUAAAAUAUUUUAUUCAUUGCUAAGAAAGCAAAUCAUGUUGAAGCUUUUAUCAGUUUUUUGCUAAGGUAAUAAUUAAGGUAAUUUUUAUAAUUCAGCUAUAAUAGAUGUCCAUAAAACUAAAAACGUGUUGAAUAAUGAUGCAAGCUCCUUCGAGAAGAUGUGAAAAGGUAUUUAACUUAUCAUGGAAUAUAAUGAAAAUUUUAAUUUUACUGUAGAUUUAUUAUUAUGAGCCUAAAAUUACAAAAUGCUUUAAAUGAGAAUGUACGCCUUAUGAUGCCUAUAAUACGAAGGGAUAAAUUAUAAUUAAUUAAGUAAUUUAAGCGAUAGUUAACAAAAUAGUAAAGUAACUCACCAAGUAUAUUGGCAAAAUUAAAAGUUAUUCUGAUUUUAUCUAUGAUAUAAUUUUUGUGGUUUCCGAGUUAGUAUUACAUAUUAUGAAACUUGUCAUAAACAUUUUGUUGUAGCUUUUUAGUAUAUUCAAAACUAGUUCUUGUAUGUAAUGUUGUCAUCACAAUAUAUUUCCUGAUAUAGUUAUAAUGUGAAAUAAUGUAAUUUAUUGAAAAAUAGUGUCAACUGUAGAUAUUUUAUAUGAUUUCUAUACAAAUAAUCAAGACUUAUGGGUCAGCCAAAUAUUGUGUGUAGUGUGUAUUGUAUUGAAUACCCUUCCAAGCAGUGUUGCCAUUUUUGUACUCGGUUUUUGAUAUUAUGUUUAAAUAUAACAAAUUUCAUGUAAACAAAAACGUAAUAAAUUAAUGUAUUUUACUAAGUUAAAUCUUAUGCAAAAGUCUAACACUUAUAUUUCGGGAAAUGUCUGCAACUGUAAUCUCUCUAUGUAUGGAUGACGAUGUUUGUGUGGAUUUUUAAUUGCAUUGAAUCAUCUUCUAGUCACACUUAUUUCAUAAUGCAUGUAUUCCCUUAACUUGCGAUACUAUGUAUUUAUAACACUGCUUUUUAAUUUUUUAGAGCUUUUAAUAAAUAAUGUUUACUUUUAAUAAAACAGAGUUCCAUUCCAACUCCAGAUCUAAUAAUAAUUUUUACACCUACAAAAGUGAGAUUAUUAAGGUAAUAUUUUUGUGCAAAGAUGUUUUAUAACAAAUAUACGCAAUAAACGAAUACCAAAUUACAUAAAAGUUGUGUUAUUCACUAAAACAACAGAGUGCUCAAAAUUUUAUUUAUUUUCUUUCCAUAUACAGACCCAUCUGAUUUGAACAUUAAAAAUAUCCGAUAUAAUAAUUUCGUUUCGCUUCAGUAUACCAAAUAAAGACAACCGAUAUUUUCCGAAACAACACUAGCGCGGUUCGAUGCGAGACGUGAGCAAACGCAAUAAAAAUUAUAACUACCAUAAUAAUAUAAAUAUAAUCAGUAUUAAGAAUUUUAUCUGUUUACGAUUAGAAGCGUGUUCCAAAGCACAAAAAUAAGUGAGAAAACUUCACACACACGGCACCACUGUUACGUGUCCCUGUACACUCGCGUCCUGCGGAUGUGGACCCCGGAGUCCUAGGGCACAGGGAAGCCCUAAGGCAGCGUGUACUUCACGUAGGGCACUUCCACGUCGUUCCCAUCAUCAUCAUUGCAGCAUAACUCAAAAACAAGUGCACGGACAUGUGGCUCGAGCUUUUUCUUCGACACUCUCAUCACCACCUCUGACAUCGGCAAACCCAAUCGUUCCUGCCUCUUCGGCUUCGGCAUGAAGAACGAGUACAGCAUGCACACACCCUGCGACAACAUCGUGAUCUCCAGCUUAUGCUCAUUUUUGAAGUAAUCCAGGAACUGCUCGAGUGUUAUCUCCCCUUCCACUUCGAAGCGGUCCCAAAGAGUCCAUUUCUUGUCGUAGUAGGUGUUGAUCGGGGCUGCGAUUGGCUCAGAGAAGCCGAAGAAAGGCAAAGCGAGGUUUACGAAUCCGUUCUUGAACACAUCUAGAGUGUUGAAGCCUUGGGCUAGCUUGUAAAGUUCGAGGCAUACAAGGCCAGCGACUACAGAUGUGGUGGUCGCAAUGGCUGGGAUAAUUUUUCCCGCGAUCAGUUUGGAUCUGUGACGGUCUGCGGGUGCGAUGCUGUAGUUUGUGGCGCGUAAGUUGGAAGCUGCCACUAUGAAGUCCAUGUGGAAGUUGGUGUCGUCGUCCUUCUCGAACUCGAGGGGAGUGACAGAGAGGCCCUGAAGUUUGGCCGGGGGCGGCAGUUCGCCUAGCAAUGCUUGCACGCGGUCCUGGUCCAUUUCUUCGGCGCCCUGCUGUAACUGGGCAUCGUUCACGGCGAUCUUGAUGCCAGACUUGGGACUGAACUCUGGCACCUGUAAUAUCAAACAUGUGUUGAGUGUUUUUAUAAACAAAACUGCCAUUUUAUAGAAAAGGUGAAGAAGUAGAAUUGGUGAUUAUUAUGAAUUGUAAAUGUUAUUGUGGAAUUGAGGAGGAGCUUGAUGGCGCAGGUGGCUACUUUAGCAGUGUUCGGUAAUUGGAUGGGUGACCAAAAAUCUUCUAUCUCGAGAUCCCAAUAGUUGGUCCCGGCUGCAUCUGCAGUCGUUAGCACCCGCCAAUCCGCACUGGACCCGCGUGGUGGCACAAUCUCCCUAUUCCAUCCAUAGGGAAGGCCCACCAGUGGGGGCAUUAGGCAUAAUAGGCUGAUAAUGAUAAUGAAUUGUAAUUUUCAACUAACUAUGAUAGAUGUGAUCGAUGACAAUCACAAGACUAUCUGUCCCUCUUGAUCAUUCUAUCAGCAUUAGCUAAGAUCAUUAAUUUCGAUUCGUUACUUUAUUGACACAGAAGUUUAAUGGAUUUAAACGAAGUGAAACAUAUGUAUGCGGUGUCUGAUAAUGAAAGUUCCUUUACUAACUGUGAAGCAAAGCUUUGAGAGAAAAAGCCAUUGAACGGCUCGCAGUGUUUUUACAAAUUUACCGUUUCAUCCCUCAUUCUAGAAAGUUGACAAUUACACGCAGGUAACUCUUAGUUCAUUCUCAAUAUUUAUAGAUACUCGAUAUAGUAAGCUUAUUUUGGCAGGCGGGAAUUGUCUGUUGUCUAUAGUUCAACAGUAUUGCACCGAAAAGUCUAUUCAAAAUUAUUUCAAUUGACGUUAAGAAUCGAAAAAUUAAUCGAUUAAAUAAAUGCUUAUGGCCUAAAAAUCAUCCUGUUUUUAUCAGUAAUCCAACAUAUGCAUAUGGUUAUUUUUUUAAAUAAUAAUAAAUACAAUUAUUCACAUCUGUAAAAUAAACGUAAAAGUUGACUACUGUUGAACGAAGUUUGACAGAAAACCAACCUCUACUUCGGCAGCCAUGUUCGCGAUCGCCUCCCUGUCCACACAAUUAGGCACUCCAUACACCGUAGCUCUCAAAUUAGCAGCUGCCACUACAUAAUCCAGAUGAAGUUGAUCGUUCGGGUCGAAUUUAAGCGGUGUAGGACACCGUUUGGGCCCGGACCAGAAUGGGGCUCCACUUGUGGUGUGCUGAUCCGGAGGGAAGUUGUAUAGCAGCUGUUUUAUCUGGUUGCAGUAUUGAGCCUCCCAGUGGAGACGGGCCCAUCGUACACAGUCUGAGAAGUUUAGGGGGCGUUCGUUGAUAGCGUG